CACCACUAGGCCUCAUGUCACGUUAUGUGGCGCCUCCAACUGCAACAAUUGGUUGGUUCGUUUGAGGCAUCCGAUUGCCUUUCCAAAGAUCCUUUCGUUUCUGCCUCUGAGAUUUGAGGCAUUCACCGCUAAUGCGAGGUAUUUCAACGCGUGCUGCAUGUUUUUCGGUUCUUGCAUUUCCCGUGACGAUUCUCCCUCUUGGGGCGUCCAGGCAGAGUUGAAGGCAUACUCCCAGCUUCCAGAGUCGCACAAUGAAGAAGUCACAGGAUGUCGCCGGGCAAUAUAGGUACUAACCGUACAUCCUUUCUGGAUCUGGGGGGUUGCUUCUUCUCCUCUCAGUGACAGGUUCAUCAAGACAACUUUCGUCUGCCAAUCUCUUCCGCAACGUAGACAUGGACCCACUGUCUGUCACAGCUUCGAUCGUCACCCUGAUCGAGGCGUCGGGUGUCCUCACAAAGUCCUUGCAUAGCUUCAUACAUGGUCUGAGGACAGUGGACGCUAGGGUCACCAGGCUCUAUGAUGAGCUCAAGAACCUGACGAAUCUUCUGGCAUCAGUGGAGAUGGUCUUGAAAGAUUGUCGGUCCUACGACCUUGACAGGGUUGAAGAGGACUUGUUGCUACAAAGCGAUAUCGCGCUUGCAGAUUGCCAGGCUACUCUGAAUGGCUUGAAGAUGCUCAUCGAGAAGGUCAAGAGGGCGGCAGGCUCUCGGACAAUCGGAUGGAAGAUUAAGGCCAUGUUAAACCUCUCGGUCAAUGGCAAUGAGUUGGUGGCGUUCCAAGAGAAAAUCCACAAGUCGAAUGGGGCUUUGCAGACGAUAUUACACACCAUAACUCUGUCACUUUCCCUCAAGAGUCAAGUUUCCCAUACUCUGAUCAUAGGCGAUUUGUACAGACUGAGGCAGUCUAUCGACCGAGCUCAUGAAAUAUCGGCGAAGCCAUCCGAAGUGUUCACGCACAGUUUCAGUCGCCUAUCUGACGCAAGACUUUCCAAGAACUUGAAAGCUCUGGCGAAAGCGGCUGAUGGCUUUUACUCUACUGCAAGCUCAUCUGCCGGCACAUCUCGAGGAGACCGCAGCGAAAGAACCUCGCAACCUUCGUCGUCGGCCGGCUUCGGCCGGUCAGUCAAUCUUUCAUCUGUCAAGCGCGAAAGAAUAGCAAGGUUCCUCGUCGAAGGUCAGGUUCAGAAUGGAUCCAUGACUCCACAACUGCUUCCGCAAGUGAAUACUUCAUUCCACAACCAGUCGCCUCCAGAAACAUGUGCCUCGCCAGUCCGAAGGAAUCCUCCAGCUCCAUAUGACGGGAAAGAUGUAAAAAGUCUCGGCGUUGCUGCUGAUGAAGACGAGGAGGACGAUGAAGACGAUGAAGCGUCAUUUAGUAGGGACUACAUUCUCUGCAUUCGUCAGAUUGCGAUUGAGAGCAUCAAAGCCCGGGAUUUCACCAAAGCUGGCGAUAUGUUGGAAAGGGCUCUGGCACGAUGUAACAAAGCUACCGCAGACAAGGAAGAGCGUCGCCAGAGCAGCUACAUAUCAAUGCGCAGCCUCAAGGUCCAGCUUGCCAUCUGCUACUUUUUCCAAGGCAACUGGAAGUUGGCAGAACCUGUGGUCACGGACUUGGCAUCUUCCAAGUCAAGCAGAGAUAGUGUGGUGUGCAACUUGUUGCAUGCUCUGGCGCUUGCGUAUUUGUCAGAGUAUUCCUUUGACCUUGCUCUCGAUACAUGCAAGCAAGCACUCAGGGGACACGCACGAUUAUCCAAGCUGCGCAAGACCGAUGUCAUCACGCAAGAUCUGAACAAUAGUUUGGGACUGUUGGCUACGGCCUACGACAUGACUAGCGACUACCUCAGCGCAGAAGUCUUUCGACGCAGGCUCUCGCCGGGAUUCAAGUAUCAGCAUCCAGCCAACAUAACAGAAUUCCUUCAAAAUCACUCAGACUUUCUCACUGCGGCUCUGGGCCCGUAUACCCUCGAUCCUGCCUGUGUGGUUCUACCAGACUCCCCGAUAGGCCAACCCAGUGAGCAGGACGCCAGGACAACUUCGCCUUCUGAACAGGAAGUGUCACAAAUUCGAUGGGAUGGCUGGGGGACCAUCAAUCAUCUUCCCUCAAGUCUACGACUCAAUAUGGUGAACCACCGGCGACUCGAACUUGAUACAAACAAAGAGGUAGUUGCACACGCGAGAUCGUGCGCCAUUGACGGCCACACUGUUGAAGAGAGCUCGCCUACGGAAACAAUCAUUACAAGUCCUGUAGCGACGGCAUCUUCGGCUAACACCACACCUGAGAGUUCUCCUGUGCAUGAUCGAAUAGCUCGAUCAUUCAGUGCUAUGGGGCUGAAUAGGUCGAUUGCUAGGGCGAAACCUGGUUUCGGCAGCGUCUCCGAGCUAUCAUUGCCAGGUGAUUCUCGCCGACAUAGCACCCGAGAUAUCAGACAGCCUACGCUUCCGAGCCAAGGAAUACAGGGCGCGACCAAGCCGAAGAGUUCUACAAAGUUGCCAAGGGCCAGACAUGCAGAAAGGUGGAAAUGGAUGAAAAGCUGGCGGAUGCCUCAGUCUGACGAUUUGCUCGAUGAGCGACCCCGGCCUUCCAAACUCCAGAGAAGGACGACUGCCAUAGUCCCAGAGAAAAGCUUAACCAUUGGCGAGCGGUUAACUCCAUCAAAAUGGUUCCGUACCAGAAACGCUUUGAUGCAGGCAAGUCCUCAUCAUCGCAUUGAAGCAGCUGUAGAGCCCAGGCGUAUGCCCACCAGGACAGCACUUCCGAGAGGAUACCAAGAACUCAAUGAUAACACCAUAUUGGAGCUUGGUAUCACUAGUCCUACCCCAGAGCUUGGACAAGACCAGCCGUCACCUGUCCCAGUUACAAACGAAAGUGUAGACUACUACGCAUCCGUACAAACAUUCGAGAACAUAUCAGAUAGAACGGCACAUGUGGAUGCAUGCGAGCUGCCGUCAGAUUGCACUGACGGGCGAAGUCAACGCCAGUCAGACAUAUUCGCAUCGAGCCUUUCACCCCUCUAACCCAGAAUUUAUGUGGGAAGAAUGAUGAUAAUUCCUUCCCGGAUUCAUGCAGCCCAGUACCUUCUCCGACGAUGCGGCGCAUAGGACCGAAAUAAUAUAGCUAGAAGCUAAUUGCGUUUCUUUCGGCAGUCACAUAGGCGACGAUUUCUCAAUAAGACUUACUUGAUUAAUUCAUUCUUCGAUGCUCCUUCUUUUCCG